AAGAGGCGCCAAUGCUUGGCCUGCACAGCAGCAAUACCAAAACAAACAUCAAGCCACCGGUGUAGCUGUCAAGCAACCAAACAACCGAGCAGUCAAACGGCGAAGCAACCAACCACACCAACAGCGGGGACAUGGUAGGCCGCCAGCAGCAACUCGAGCAGACGUCAAACCAACAAGUUACCAAACAGCAGACAAACCAGACAACUGCAACGGCAAUAGCAGCAGCUGCAGCAACAACAAAUUCAAUAUUAAUUUGCCAUCCAAGCGCAUGGACACUUACGUAGCGACGCAAGGCUUUUCAUUUCUUCAGUUUGUUAACGAAACGCAAACGAUGCAGACGCGUCUUAACGGUAGCUAAAGGCGAACAAGCAACCGAGUAACUAAAGUAAUCGCUUUAAAAGAGAUAAAAAAUUAAAUAUUUGUAAUUUGUGUGUGCAAAUGGACUGGACUAGUUGCAAGUUUACAUAGAAAAAUUUGAAGUUGAUUGGAAAACUGCUUUUAUGGAAUACUUUUAAAAAGUGUUACUUUGCGUUUGAUGUAUUAAUUAAUCUUAAGUGGCAACAAAAAAACUUAAACUUACUCAAAAAAAAAAAAUAAAAUAUACAUUAAUGAUAAACAAAGAAAAAACGAUGAAGUAGAAAAACAAAUCUCUAUGGACAGCUAAUGCGCUAAAAAGAAAGCAAAAGCAUUGAAAACAGUAGCAACGAAAAAAUAUGCAAACAGCAAGAAGCGUGUAGAUACAGUAAAAAUAAAAACGCACAACUCGAAAAAGUAGGUGAAAUUCAAACGGAAAUUGCGAAAAAUUGAAUUUAUUAGUAAAAACCGCAAGUUCUUCGCGCAAUUGUAUGGUUUUUGAAAUUUGCAAGUGAAAUUCCCUUCAACUACUAAAAAGUUAAAAAACAAAAACUGAAGUGUUCGACAUUUUUAAACUUACUAUUGGCAAUUAAAUUAAUUUUCCGGUGAUUUAAUAAAAAGAAAAUCGGAAAUAAUCAACAACCGGACACAUUUACUGAGAUUUCGUAAUUUUGCUUUUUGGUUUCGAAAGCUUGGCACGUACUUGAGUUUAUGGCCCAACAAUGACUCCACAGCAACAACAACGACAAAAAGUGGUAUUCACGACCACACCAACACGCACGCUUAUUGCCGCCUGCAUCUGUGUUUGCUUGUUUGCGCAUGCGCAAGCAGCUGACAAAUGGUCACGUCAACUGGAACCGACAUCACCCGGUAUAUCGGACUCGUUUGAUUGGGUGCCGUUAGCACAGCCGGUGGACAGCUCGACGGCCAAAGAUCGUUCGGCAAAUGCGCGCGUACUCACCUAUUCGCAGGCUUUUCCACCAAAUGGACGCUUCGGUGAUCUGCCAAAGCCACACAAUCCAGCUUCCACGCAACAACAGCGUCAACAGCAGCAGCAACCAUUCGAUUUUCCAUAUCAAUUUCAGCGUUUCGUAAAUCCGCCACCGGCCGCACGUCCACAAGUGGGUUCGCCUUUUGGCACACCACCGAAAGCUGCUUCCGCAUUGCAAGGUGGCGAGCCCACUUCGCAGUCCUUCUUCAAAUUUGAAAUGCCAUUCCGUACUGAUGGCAGUAAUCGUGACCCAGCCGCCGGUCCGGGCUCACUACAGACGGGUUAUCAAAUUCAGCAUACCUUUGGUGGUGGCGCGCAAGCAACACUUUUUAGUUCGCCGCUCUUUAAUCAACAACCCGUAUUUCCACCAGAAUUCCAUCCCAUACCACAAAAACCUGUACAGCAGUCUUUGCAGAAACCACUGCCACAACAGAAUUUCAUCGAGGAUAGUUUCCCAUCUAAGAAUAUUUACCACGAGUCCAAGCCGAAUCCCACGCAGCAAUCUCUACAAAGCGUCACACCGCAAGUCUUCCCCGCGGAUCCGGAACUGGAUCAUUUCUUUGAUUUGAACAAGCCACAGAGCUCAUUCAACGCACCACUGCCCUCAUAUCAGCAAUCCGCGACCGCACCAACGGCACCCUUCCAGCAAACUGCACCUACAGCUCCGUCCUCGGUGCAAAGCAGCAACGCUGGCAGCUCACAAGAUGUGCAGUUGUUGUAUGUACCAUAUGAUACGCUGUAUAACCAACAGAAGCCCGACUCACAGGCUUUCGAGGUGAACAAGUAUAAUGUCAACCCUUUGCCGACGGUUAACCCAUUCCAAAUCAAUCAAUUCUAUACACAAGAUACACUAGGCUCACUCGACCAACAGAAUUACUUUACACCAACCACAAGCACGAGCACAAGUCGUCCCAAAACUACGACCCUUAAGCCAACUACUAUUUUCCAGAACUUUGCUAACCCUCAGCAACAACAACUCACCACACCCCGUCCAAAACCAAAGGCACAUCAACCCCCGCUCGCCAUGUUCUUAGUACGCAAUACGGCACGACCCACACAAUCGGAUGUUGUGUCCGCUUUACGUCACUCCAAUACCAUUUCCGUGGUUGAUGCACCUACCAAGAAGAUUCCAGAGAUAUUUGUCGGCCCCGCUGGCAUGUCUACCCCAGAUGGCUACGUUAAGUUUGAUCUACCUUAUUUGUCGCAGCUCACACAGACACGUGAGUUGCGUGAGAUACCAUUUUUUGUGGCACCACUGAGUUACCGUACACCAAGCGGUUUCAAUAAGAUUCUCUUGCCCGAACCCCAUGUGGGCUCCAUUGUGAUUAAUCUCGCUAAAAGUGGCAGCUCGACUCAGGAACAGAUUAUCAGUCAACCGGCUAAGCCAAACGUUGUUUAUAGCCAAAAUGAUAUCAAUCAAUAUCAGCCACCUCAACCCACCCAGCGAGUUCGCCCGCAACGUGUGAAGCAGCCCGCGGCCACAAAAGAUUAUUACCCUGCUUUAAAUGAGCCGUUGCAAAAGAAUCGCGAUCAAUUCGAGGUUACGACACAACGUGCAACGUUGGCCCCAACACGCGGCAACAAAUUCAACUACUUUUAUAACCAAGAUGCUAUACAUGAGAUAAGCUCACCAAAGGUUACCAAACAUGAUCGCCCGAAGAAGAAGCGCCCACAGCACGUGCAACAACAGCAACCCAUUGAACAACCAGCUUUCACGCAAACCAUAAAUAAUCCAUAUGCUCAAUUCCAACCACAACCCAACCAGAUAAUCAACGACGACAUCUAUAAGGUGCAACCUAACCGUCCUGCACCGAUCGCUUCGUCGACCAGCAAGACGACUACCACCACUAGCACAACUUCAACGACUGCAGCGCCAGCGCACACCUUCUUCACAUUUAAUCCCAACGGACAACUUGAGUAUCAAAAUACUAACGGCCCCCUCUACUCUUUUGGCGAUCUACCAAAGGAACCAGUUGAGGAGCAAUUACCACGCUUUACCACACGUCCACCUACGAGCACUACACCAGAGGAGGAAUAUCGUAUGAAACAAUAUUUCCGUCAACAAGAGGCUUUCCGUAAUCGCCCGCAAAUAGUAAACCCAACUAAUCCACCCUUCGAGCAGGUACAAUACACGCCUGUUGACUUGGACUACGAACGCGGAGCCAAUGCACCUUCAACGACUCAUAAGACUACUUCGACUACCAAGCAACGUGUCACAUUCUAUUCGCCAUCUCAAACAGGUGUAUCUGCGCCCGAAGAUGCUUAUAAUGUGGUAUCACCACAGCAGGCUGAACUGACUCAACUACAGCGAGAGAAGGACAUACAAACUGAAUUGAAAUCUCACCGUCAGCAGGCAUCGAAUCAACGUCCUUUAUACAACCAGAAUGAGAUACCCGACAGUACCGUGGAGUAUGAGCCCAAUCCAUAUCAUGUGCCGUCGGAACUGCCACCACUAACACCCAAUCUGCCAGGUCUAGUGAAUAAUUUGCAAGAAAAGGACAAACAAAAUGCUGUAAGCGAACUUGCAACCACAACACCGAAUCAGCCAGUCGAAGAGUUACCUACGCGCCCGACGAGACGUCCAAUCAAUCGUAUUCGCAAACCAGUCGUAACAUCAUCGGUUUCCUACUCUGAAGGGGAGACGUCCACACGUCGCCCCACCCAGCGUGUGCGUCGCCCAUUUGGCGCACGUGCAACAACCGCAAGUCCUGAUGUUGAAGGUGAAGUCACAUCAACAACACGCCGUCCAUCGUCAGCCGCACGCAACCCAUUAAUACGUAAUCCCAAUCGCAUACGUUACCAACCCACGCCAGAGGAACGACAGUCGUUGCGCACGAAGCAGCGUAAGAAGUAUGGCAACUCUGGCAAAGAUGAAGAUUUGGACUACCAACGCGAUGUGUUGAAUCAAAAUUAUCCAGUCAUAAAACCAUUAUCAUCACGCACGCCGUCGAGCCCCACCGCAAUACCAAGCUCAUAUGCAGCAAAUAUUGGCUCUGAAGCACCUACCUCGGAGACCCAGCAGGUGUAUACCGUGACACCGAGUAAUACCGUGGAAACAAAUGAACAGACCUUCCCUGCCGGCAUGUUAGAACCAAUGCAAAUCGCCCAACAGUAUAGUCAGUAUACCAAGGACAACUUUGGUCCGGGUUAUUUCCCUAAUCAGGAAGAUUUAAGUCCCACAGAACCGAUUAUACGUAAUGAGAUUAAUCCGGUGUUCACUACUUUGCCAAGCUCCACUAGUACUACCACUACCACAUCAACCACUACGACAACAACUGAGGAACCAGAAGUAACCACAAGACGUUCACCAUUCAUACGCAGAAACUAUCCACGUUUACGCACCACAACUACCGAAACGCCAACCACAUCUACCCCAGAAACAGAGACGAAAUCAUCGUUACGGCCACGCAUACCACCACGUAAGGUGAUCAAGGUACGGGCACGCACACGACGCCCACUGACACAGGCUUCAACCACAAGUAAUCCAGAGGAAGAAGGCGAGGUCGAAGAGCCCAAAACCAACCUCCGCAAAAUAAAUCGUUUCAAUCAUGAUUUGUAUGAAAAUGACGCCACACCACCACAGCGACGCCGACAAAGACCGACCUUCCAGCUGGAUGGUCAAGAGUCGCAAUGGUCGCCAGCAUUGAAAUUUGGCAGUAAUCAUCACUUCAAACCGACAAAUCCCAAGGAGCAGAAGAAAGAGAAUGAUCACAAGUUCGAGGAUGAGCCUGAAAUUGUAACCGUUGGACCUGAGGAUAGUAAGAAUGCGGAUAAUUAUGAAGUGAAGGUAUCCGCCAAUCUUGGAGAGGCAAAGCCAACACUUAAGGCGCCCAAUUUAAAGCCCGAAAAAUCGUUUGCCGAACUUUUGGAAGAAGUCAUGGGCAAGGCACCGGAGGAGAAACCACUCGAAUCAGACGAGGAGACCACCCAGCGCACCACAGAUGGCACAUUCUUUGAAUCGCAGAAAACAACGAUAUUCAAUCGCAUCAAUCGGCGCAACAAAUUCAAAAAACUCAAAUUGCCAACCGCACAAAACAAUGAAAGUUUCGAGACAGCCGAAUCGCAAGGACUUGGCUCCCAACUCUACAAUUCUCUCUACAAUCAGGAUAAGUCCACAGAUGAAUUAGUUAAGGAACUCAAGACGACCACACCACUAACGCCACUGCCGACUACACUUACCACAACGCCCAGCCCUGUGAGCACACAGGCCAACACUGAACCGACAACUGCCGAACAGCUAGAAGUUACAUCCUUUGCAACGACGCUCGCCAUCGAUGAAGCCAUUGACAAAACUACCGUUGCACCGGCAGAGCAAGAUGCUGAAGGAGUGACUGUUGAGAGCGCCACGCGACGCAUGGAUGAAGCUGUCGAUGAUUUAGAAUCGCAGCCCAGUAUUUUCUCCGAAGUCAAACGCCAACUACAUGAUCUAUUCGCCAUCGACGAGUCGGAGGAUCAUGCGGUAACUGCAGCUUUGGCGGCAGUUGGCAAGCGACGACAAGAGUACAUGAAUAUUAAACGCACCAAAGCCGAUACAACUACACAGGCGAUGAAUGCCGAAGUGACGGCAACUACAGAGCCAACGCCGACUGUGAAGGGCGCAGCAGCAGACGGUAAAGCUAAGAAAAACCUGAUGGAUCAAGUCGUCUAUGCGACAUCCACAUCGAUGAAGGUAACUUCCGAAACGGAGAUUUGCUAUCGCGGACGUUGUAUACGCUCCGAGGAUUUGCCGGCGAAUCAUAAAUUGAAUUGAUGAGAAAGGAAGAUAUAAGAAGGAAGGCAGAAAGGAAGCUUAAGAAAUCAUAGAUUUGAGUGUACAUAUUCGAAAUUUAUUGAAUGCGAGUUGCUCGAAAUCGUGGGCGUACAGAGAGGAGAUUGUGAUAAUUUGAAGAAAAGAGCAAUGCUGAAAAAUUAAAAUUUUAUUAACUACACUAUCUGCACUAAAAACAUAUGUUAACAUAUUUUGGGUAUUCUUAAUAACAGUAUAUUAUCUUAGUAAAUAUAUUCAAAUGUAUGUUGUAGUUACACUGUAGAUUUUUCUGAAGUUUUCCUCUUUUCCAGUGCGCGCUGUCUCUGUCAAUCUAUUCGUAAGUUAGUUUUUAGAUUUUUUAAUAUAAUUUUACGAAAAUCUAGUUUAAUUUCUAUUGGAAAUGAUAAAACAAAAACCUGUGACGCGUCCAGCAUGUUUUUGUAUCAUUCACAUUUAUAUUACGUAUUUUAAGUUAAAUUUUAAUUAUAAAAAAAGAAAGUUGUAAUACAGU